ACAAAACUAUAUCUAUAUUUAUCGCCACAAACCUCACCACUGAUUAUAACGUCCACUGAAUGCACGGCUAAUAUGACCGCAAACCCAACGCUAUGUGAAUGACGUGAAUACAGACAUAAGACUAAGCAUUGAAUUCAUUGUAUUAUUGAUGUAUUGAGUGAUGGGUUCAGUGUUUUCACGACUACUCACAUGUGUUUACCACAAAUGCAUUGACAGGACCUGUGCGAAAGACAUCGCCACCACCGCCACCAACACCACCACCAAUCCAGUCGUGACCAUUAGACAGCCACCGGUGGGCAACCGUAAGACCUCGAUGGACGUGACGCGACACAACUUCUUGGAGACGCUGCGCGAGAUCGAGGCCAUCAUCAGCGCCGCCGACUUCGCCACCAUUGACACCGAGUUGAGUGGCUUAAGACGUCUGGACACGAAGGGUAUGCAACUGUUGGACACCGCUGACGAGCGAUACGCCAAACUCAAGCAAUCGAUCGCCGGCUUCAGUCUAAUCCAGUUCGGGUUGACGUGUUUCCAAGCGGUUCCCAACGACACCGCCGAUGGCCACCACUACGCGUGCCAUUCGUACAACUUCUACAUAUUCCCGCAAAAGUCUUCGGGAAUCAACAAAGCGAUGGGCGACCGGGUGUUCAGUGUCCAGACGUCGUCCCUCCAGUUCUUGGCGUCCAAUGGCUUCGACUUCAAUAAACUGAUAAUCGAUGGCAUCUCUUAUCUGAACGACGCGGAGGAGAAGCUGUGCGUUGAGGCCAUCGAGGCUCAGAAGAAGGCCAACGCGGAGUCGGCGGCCGCCAACUCGUCCACCACUGGCGGCAAGUCUUCGCCGGCGGUGUCGGCGCUCACCGACGAAGACAAGCGCUUUGUCGACGAAAUUGUGGUAAAAGUGCGCGAAUUCAUGGCCGACGAGUCGCGAGAGACCAUUGAUUUGAGUCCAUGUAAUGCCUUUAAACGACGACUGAUCUACGAGUCGCUGAAGAGUCAAGACUUCAACGAUUCCGUGGAGAUGAAGACUGUGAUGGUGUCCCAGAACUCGAGUGAUAGGUAUGUGUCGGUCAGUAAAGUGGAUAAACUCGUGAAAGAGCGCAAAGACGAGGAGUCGCUGACCGAAGCCAUAGGUUUCUCGAAGAUUAUCCAACUGUUGAUCAAAUACCAGAAGCCUAUCAUCGGGCACAACGUUCUGCUGGAUCUGAUGCACACAUUCAACCAAUUCAUUGAACCGCUUCCCAACGACUACAAGACAUUCAGGAACUUAAUUCACGCCAUAUUUCCCAUCGUUUAUGAUACCAAACACAUCGCUUCCGCGCCGGUAUUCAAAGACAAACUCGAAAACACUGCAUUAGGAGAUCUACACGAAAGACUAAAGACAUCGCCAUUCAAGACAAUAGAUGUUGAGCUCAAGAAUGGCAAACACUGCGACGGAAAGGCUCUUCACGAGGCCGGCUAUGACUCGUACGUCACUGGCGUUUGUUUCGUCGGAUUAGUCCACUAUUUAGGCUCAUUAGUCGACCCGAAAGUCACCCGAUUUGAUGCCAUACUGCUCGGCGACUAUCAGAACAAACUGUUCCUCACAUACAGCCACGACAUCCAUCACUUCAAUCUGGAGGCGGACGAGCCGGUGCCCAAUCGGGACCACGUGUUUCACGUGACGUUCCCCAAGGAGUGGAAGACCAACGAGUUGUUCCACUUGUUCUCGGCGUUCGGCGGCGUCGCCAUCGGUUGGGUCAACGAGACGAGCGCUCUGUGCGCUCUCAAAGACCCGUCAAAUGCGGACAAAAUCCGCAAAUCGUUGCUAAAGACGACGUCGACUAACAGCACGUAUAAAGUGAUCUCAUAUAAGGAGUUUGUGGCCAAACAGUCGGCGCAGUCAUCGUCGUCGUCGUCGACGCCUACAUCCGCGGUCGCCGACGACGUGAGAGACGGUCUGAAACGCAACGCCAAGUCGAGGGCAUCGCCGCAGACGCCCAACGCUAACCCAUACAAGAAGUCGAAAGUGAUUGACGCCAAGAGUCCCGCCGCUGAGAAAGUCACUCCAAAUGUGUCUAAACAUAAGCCAAAGCUGUUUGAAGAGCCGGCGGACUGGGAGGUCGACAUCAAUUGA